AACGCUGCUGCUACCUGCUGGUCCAGAGAAGUUUAAACUGCUCCGUGAAGAAGCCGGAUAAACACGCUGCGUGGAGAAUACAGGGAUGUCGUAUUGCAGUUUCUUCGGUGGAGAGGUCUAUAAAGACCAUUUCGAAACAGGGAUUUACGUGUGCUCCAAGUGUGAUCACCAGCUGUUCACCAGCCGCUCCAAGUACGAACACUCGUCCCCCUGGCCGGCCUUCACAGAGACCAUCCAUGAGAAUAGUGUAUCUAAACAUAAGGAGAGACCUGGGGCAUACAAGGUACGAUGUGGGAAAUGUGGAAAUGGACUCGGCCAUGAGUUUGUGAAUGAUGGGCCAGCCAAAGGCCUGUCUCGCUUCUGAAUAUUCAGCAGCUCACUGAAGUUCGUCCCUAAAGAUAAGGUUGAUGGGCAGUAAAGUGAGCUGAUUGAGGGGACUUGGAGGAGUCUCUCUGCUCUGCUGAAGGUGUGGACAGCGGAUGACGUGUUCUGGGAUAAAGCCCAACUGGGAGCGCCAGGGCUCUGAUGAAAGAUGGCCACACUGAACGGCAAGAACAGAGGACUGGUCUCAGCACCUUUUUAUUAUGCAAUCAUCACCAUCUCAGGAUAGCCUCACUGAUUACACAGCGUCUCACCAGCUGCAUAUUUAUUAAUGACUGAGAUCGUCUCAUGGGUACAAUAGGCUCCUCAAUUCUGUAAGUUAUUUCUUAAUGAGAGAAAUCAUGUUUGUUUACCUUCAGUUUUACCUGUUUCCCCCAAACUGUCAGAGUAAACAAACAAGCGUACAAGUCUGUUAGAAAGAAAUAGCUCAUAAGACAAUGAAUCCAAGACUACAGCACAUGAAGAUUGAUCAUGAUUUAUAUUUUUAAUUCAUUCAUCGACAACUGCCUCUACCUGCUGGUUGGUGUAUCAUGCAGGAAAUCAGUAAUAAUACUGUUUUCACUAUUCAGAAGCUUUAUGUAAAUGAUCCCAAUGACUGAUAUGCAAACUGAAGGAAAUCUAUUUUAAAUUAAAAUGAGAAAAAGCUAUGAAUAUAA